AUGGUUAUGCCCUUCACACCCCCAGCCCUCGUGUCACCGUUGUCCAACACCUUUUGGGUGUCACACUGCAAGCACACCACCAACGCCGCCAGCACAGCGCUCCAGCUUCGCCGUGCGCCCUUCGAGACGGAAUCAGUCUCGCCGGAUCGCGUCGACCUGGCGGCCGCGUACCGCCUCUGCCACUCGUUUGGCUUCGCGGAGGGCGUGUGCAACCACCUGACGAUGGAGGUCGCACCCGACCGCUACCUCCUGGUGCCGCACGGCCUGCUCUGGUCCGAGGUCGGGGCGGACGACCUGCUGCUGCUCGACGCCGACGGCAACAUCCUCGAGGGACGCGGCGAGGCCGAGAUCUCCGCCUUUUACAUCCAUCGCGCGGUGCACCAGGCGCAGGGAGAGGCGGCGCGCUGCGUCUUCCACACGCACAUGCCGCACGCGACCGCGCUGACAGUACUGACCGACAACCAGCUGCCAAUGGUCCACCAGAACUGCCUCAAGUUCUUUGGCGAGGUCGCCUCGUACGACCGGUACCACGGCCUGGUGCACGACGGCGACGAGGCCUCGCGCAUCGUCGACGCCUUCGGCUCGGCGCGCUGCCUGAUGAUGGCCAACCACGGCGUGAUCGUCACGGGCGAGACGGCGGCGGAGGCCUUCGACUCGCUCUACUACCUCGAGCAAGCGGCUAAGCUCGUCACGAUCGCCAUGUCGACGGGCCGGCCGCUCCGCCCGAUCGACCCGGCCGUCUGCGCGGCGACGGCCGUGGCGAUGCGCGACGAGCGGCCGCUCUACGCGCGACGGCACUUUGACGCGCUGCGCCGCACCAUGCUGCGCGGCCAGGACUACGGGCAGUGCGAGGGCGAGGACCUUGACGCGUCGCGGCACGCGCCCAGCCCGUACUCGUGA